GCUUCGCAGUAAACGUCCUUCGUGUGAGGUUCGUUCGCGUGGUGUUUCGGCGUUGAGCUGAAGUCUGAGGCAUUUCGCAUGUUUGAACAAUGUAAUCGUGUUCCUGAAUCAUUUGCGUUUGGAAAGUAUACCCAUGAAGAGUUACCUACACGUUGUUAUUGUAUCGAAACAGUGUUAGUGCUCAAGAAAACUGGAGGACGCAUCCAGAUGGAUCUAGGGCUCACCUAGCAUCCUGUCCAAUGGGUAGCAAGGGCUAAAGCAACCGAAGGUUGAAGCUGACCGCCCAUCUCCUUCCAAUGCAGAAGUUAAGAGUGUGUGGACCUCUAUCUCCACUCACAAUGUCUUAAUUCCGUGGUGAUUAAUGAGGCAUAGAGACAAUAUUACCAUUAAGAGGAAAAUGCAGGAAUCUUAGAAUUUGGGAUGGUCACCUCGUUUGUAUAGGACCUACAGAGCCUAAAUAAACAGAACUGGUGAAGUGAGACAGUUUCAGCUAAUUAUUGUGAACACGUUGAAUUCUGUGGCCUCAGCUAUAGUAAUUUUUUGAACACUUGAAAUUAAGAUGGAGAUGUGGUUUGGGAUUAACGACGAGGUGUCUUGCCGACGCCGUAGCGUCGUGAGGCGCAGCCGCCUGGACAUGUCACUCUUUCAGGAGGAGUUCAGCAUGAGGAGGUUCGACCGCUUCAGAACGCUCGUGAAGAAUACUGAUGAUUGUCCAAUGACAGAAGUUGAUGAACUAAAGAAGAACUUCAGAGCUAUUCAGGAAGAAAAUUACAAGUUACAGGCUGUCAUCACUGAUGUUACAGAGGUGAACAAACGGUGGCAGAAGUACAACAAUGACAGGCAGAUGUACGUGCAGCGUUUGUUGUCCACCAUACAGGACCAACAGGAACAAAUGAACAAGAUCGUUGAGUCCAGGGCCUUUCCAAUGGUACAUCAGGUAACACCAGACGAUCACAAGAAUAUAGAAGACUUGCAGGCUGAGAAUGCCCUUCUGAAGGAGGACCUAUCAAAACUGCAGAAACGUUUGGAACGGCUGGAGCAGGAGCACCGAGAACAUGUGGAGGUGCUGGAGUUCCAGGUGAAGGCCCACCGUGAUGACUGGGAGGCAGAAUGCAGUGAGAAGCAGCAGGCCCUGCGAGAUAAAGCCGCAAUGGAGCUUCAGGUUAAGGAGCUGCAAAAGGAUAUCCGCAGCCUGAAGCACAAGUUGAAGGACGAGCGGUCACACAAGCAACCUACCCACUGUGUCCAUUGUUGUGUAGCACACGUGUGUGAAGCCAGCCAUUGCAGCAUGGCAGUGGUUGGCAAACAUUGCCACAGAGACAACCCGAAAACCUACAGAACUUCGGUACAUCUUCCUUGCACUUCUGGCCAUGUAUUGUCCAAAGGAACAACUGUGUAUUUCGGUGAUGACCUUGUGACCGAUGGUGACGAAGCAGUUGCUGAAGACCUAGAUAAAACUGCAUUAUCUGACAGUGAGUUACCAAGGUCCAGAUCUUCAUCUUCAUCACCUCCUCCCCUUUCAACUUAUGAAGAAGGUGAGGAAGGAACGCAACACAAGGCACAGUCAGAUGGGAACAAUAACUUGCCACAUAAUGUUAAAGCAAGAAGUGCCAAUUCUGAAGCAGUGGGAAGAGCAGAGAAGGCAUUGGAGCUGAACAUAGUUCCUGAGGACAGCUCAGAACAUGAGUACAAGUACUCUGUACAUCACAUCUCCCCAAACAGUAGCGACAGCAAUCUUACAGCAGAUGACAAAACUGUGGAUUCUUCAGCCAGUGGUGUGACCAUUGGCUUCAGCAGUGGUGGCUUGGCAUCAGUCACGUCCUUCUCACAGAGACCGGUUGUCAAGUCAUCAUCUCUACCAAUAUCUGAGAAACUGAGUUUUAAUGGUGAAUAUGAUGCAAAGCCUGCAUCUUCCCUAUGGUCACUUGAUUCUGGUCUGUCUUCAGUGGUAGGUCCACCAAUGACCUACAACAACUUCACCACAAAAGGUAUAUUCGAAGAGAAAUCAUUCAAGAUGUUAUCAUCUGGAAAUUUGACAAAGUCUGAGAAUAAUGUUACGGCAACAAAUGUUCGAAAAGCCUCAGUCCCAUGGAAGGCAAAUUACUUUGAGGAAGGAGUUGCUACCCAGACACGGGAGGACGUAGUCUGUCCAGGAUGUGGGCAGGUGUUUCCUCCAAGACUCCACCUUAAGUUCCUAGAUCACUUUGAAAUGUGCCAGAAUAAUGUAAAGGAUACAUCCAAAAGAAUCAGCAAUGUCAAGUUGAGGAACUGAUCGUGACAUAGAAUUUAGACUUAUGUAAAGAUUAUUUUUAUGGGCACUAUAAAUAUCCUGAAGGCCUUGUUCAUUACAGAUGUAAGCUACAUCAUGAAAGUGUAAAUAAUUAAUAUUAUUUUGAUUUGUUCAUUCUGGUCCGUCAUACUAACAAUAUUGUAAAAGAUAAAAUAAUUCCAUCCAGUGUGACUGGUGAAGUUUUUCUUAUUUCAAUUCUUCAUGCCCUCACAUGUGUCAGUCCUUAGAGACCACCAUCAGAGGGACAUCCAUACAGUUUGGAAAUCACUAUUACAAUGGAUGUUCUGAAUGUGAAAAUAUAUAUACAUACAAUGUUUACAAUACACAAACAGAUACAAAAUCCAAAGUUUUCACAACUACA